AUGCAUCCCGACACGUCGCGCGGCAUCGAGGUGCUCCACAAUCCCAUAUACAAUAAAGGCACCGGGUUCAGCGCGAGCGAACGCGAACGAUUGGGCAUUCGCGGGCUCGUGCCGCCGCGGUUCUUCACGAUCGGACAGCAAGCGGUGAAGAUAUGGGCGCAAAAUAAAGCGCUGAAGCGUCCGCUGGAUCGGUGGAGUCACCUUCAAGAUUUGAAGGAUCGUAACGAGACGUUGUUUUAUCGCCUGGUGCACGAUCACAUCGAGGAAUUAGCGCCGGUGAUUUACACGCCGACGGUCGGAGACGCGUGCCUUGAAUAUUCAAAGUUAUUGCGCCGGGCGAGAGGGAUGUACUUUUCGCGCGAGGAUAGGGGCGAUUUUAACUCGAUGAUGUUCAACUGGAAACGGAACGUCUCCGUCAUAGUGGUCACCGACGGGUCGAGGAUUUUGGGUUUGGGCGAUCUCGGCAUGAAUGGUAUGGGAAUUUCGCAAGGGAAAUUGGACCUGUACGUCGCCGGGGGUGGUUUUGAUCCGCAGCAUGUUUUGCCAGUCGUCCUCGACGUUGGCACGAACAAUCCAGAUCUUUUGAACGAUCCCUAUUAUCUCGGGUCGCCGCACAAGCGACUGGAAGGUGAGGAGUAUUACGCGUUUGUGGAGGAGUUUAUUCGCGGCGUGCGAAACCGGUGGCCAAACGCGUUGAUUCAGUUCGAAGACUUUCAAACGAAGCACGCGAACAAAAUUUUGCAGCACUAUCGCGAUGAAGUUCUGUGCUUCAACGAUGAUAUCCAAGGCACCGCGGCCGUCGUCCUAGCCGGCGUGUACGGAGCGAUGAAGUGUCUUCAUGGUCAUCGCAAGGAUAUUGUCAAACAAACCUUCGUCAUGUGCGGCGCUGGAAGCGCGGGAUGUGGUAUAGCAUCAUUCCUACACCAAGCUAUGGUUGCGAAUGGAUUGACGGCCGAGGAAGCAUACAAGAGAUUUUACAUCAUCGACGCCAACGGGCUGGUCACCGCCGAACGCGCGUUGGACGAUCCCGGACAGGAGCCGCUGAAAGGUUUCGCACGCAACCGAAACGACAUGCCCGAGGGCGCGUCGCUCAUGGACGUGAUUAAAAAGGCGAAACCCACGGUUUUACUCGGCGUUUCCACGGUGAAGGGGCUAUUUUCGAAGGAGGUGCUUGAGGAAAUGGGUAAAAUAAACGAGCGCCCGAUUAUCAUGCCGCUCUCAAAUCCGACGUCUCGUGCCGAAUGUACGGCGGAGGACGCCGCGAACGCGACUGACGGAAGGGCUAUCUUUUCAUCUGGUUCGCCGUUCAGCGAUGUCGAGAUUAAUGGCAGAGUGAUGAAGGCGAAUCAGGGCAAUAACUUUUACGUCUUUCCCGGACUUGGUCUCGGUGCGUUGCUGUCGAAAUCGUCUGUCAUCUCCGACGCGAUGCUUCAAGCCGCCGCGAUGGCUAUCCCAGCUAUGCUCACGCCCGAACAAUACACAGAAGGCACUAUCUUUCCGCGUAUCGAUCGCAUCCGCGAUAUCUCGGCGUACGUUGCGAUCAAGGUCAUCGAAGCCGCCGCGCGCGAGGGUCGAGUGCCGGAAGACAUUCGUCACAUCGUCGCGCAGGGCGAGGAAGCGAUGAGCGAGUACGUGUAUUCAACCAUGUAUGUCCCGAACUAUCGACCGACGGUUUUUUCGUGUUCGAGUAGGAAGUAAAAGUCGCGCGAUUCCAUUAUUUAGAAGCGUUGUCAUUCUUGAGAUGUUUU